AUGUGUUUAAAAACUGUCGGUGAAGCUAAAACAAUGAAGGACUAUCGUGUAGUACGUAAGUACGAUAUUUUAAAAAUAAACGGAAAAGAACGCCUUAUUAGACCAGUUGACGAAAAAAAUGUUGUAUUGUAUUACGUUAAAAUUGAAGAACUGUUUGAUAUUCUUCACGAAACACAUUCUGCCAUCGGCCAUGGAGGACGAAAUCAUAUGAUGGCAGAACUGAAAAAUAAAUAUUGCAAUAUAACAAACGAAACAGUUAUGGUUUAUUUAAAAUUAUGUGUUCAAUGUCAGAAAAAAGCAGUGCACCGUGGGGCUGAAAAAUUAUUGUACAGAAGAAGAACCAAUAGGGAAGUACAACAAAUUUAUCAAAAACCUGGUAUCAACGCGUACCUUAUGAGCAAACGAAUUGAGUGGGCAGGACAUGUAUGGAGGUCAAAUGGUAUCCGAAAGAAAGCUCUGGAAGGAAAAAUCAAUGGAAAAAGACCUAGGGGUCGCCCCAGACAGCGCUGGAUAGACAGGGUUGUUAAGGAGGAUAUAGACAAGUGCGCCCAGGGAUUGACUUUAGAGGAUAGUGUUGACAGAGAUAGUUGGACAAAAGUAGUAGAGGCAGCGAAAGUCCUCCAAGGACAGUAA